AUGAAUAACGAAGAUUACGGUUACGAUUAUGAUUAUCUUUUCAAAAUUGUUCUUAUCGGUGACUCAGGUGUCGGUAAAUCCAAUCUAUUAUCACGUUUCACAACGAACGAAUUUAACAUAGAAUCCAAGUCCACAAUCGGUGUAGAAUUCGCUACGAGAACUAUCGAAGUUGAAGGUAAAAAAAUUAAAGCUCAAAUUUGGGAUACUGCAGGUCAAGAACGUUAUCGUGCCAUUACAUCAGCAUAUUAUAGAGGUGCUGUCGGUGCAUUGAUCGUUUAUGAUAUAAGUAAAUCUAGCACAUAUGAAAAUUGUAAUCAUUGGUUGACUGAAUUGAAGGAAAAUGCUGAUGAUAACGUUGCUGUAGGGUUGAUUGGUAAUAAAUCUGAUUUGGCUCAUUUACGUGCUGUACCAACUGAUGAAGCUAAAAAUUUCGCAUUAGAAAAUCAAUUAUUAUUUACAGAAACAAGUGCUUUAAAUAGUGAAAAUGUCGAUCAAGCUUUCAGAGAAUUAAUUACGGCCAUAUAUCAAAUGGUUAGUAAACAUCAAGUUGAUUUGGGUGAUUCUAAUACUAGUGGGGCUACGGCUCCAAAGGGUCCAACUAUUAGUUUGACUCCAGCUCCAAAUGAAAAUAAAAAAAGCAGUUCUAAUAAUUGUUGUUAG